UAAACGUCCUUGUGUUAUCCUUUAUAAUGUAUGUGUUGGGAAACAUGCAUCUAACAGAUGGACAUACAUGUAGUAGGACAUCCGGUCUAAUGAAAAGCAUCCAAUAUCAGCUAAAACUUGUAGAGGAAGGCAAUGGUAGAUGUGACUGCAGCCACCAAUACAAUACGCAUCAAAUUGGAUUUAUGGUGAGAAUGAAGUCUAGUUUUGCAAACAGACAAAAAGGAUCCGUUGUCAUAUAUGAUGAGGUCAUUACAAAUGAUGGUAAUAGCUAUAAUCCAUCAACAGGAAUAUUCACAGGACCUACAGAAGGACUUUACUCUUUCUCAUGGACAACUACUACUGCAGCUAACAAAUACUUCUACACUGAUCUGACUGUGAAUGGAAAUAUGAUUGCAAGGAACCAUGCUGGACACGAUAAUGUCAAUCUAUCAGCAAGUCAGACUGUUGUUGUUCAUUUGAAGAAAAAUGACAAAGUCAACAUUAAGGUUCUUGAUAGUAAGGUCGGACAGUAUAUCUAUGGCGACGGAUGGUCAUCCUUUUCAGGUUUUAUGAUAUGAGUGUGUUUAUAGUUGCUUUGUGUUAAUCUCAAAUAGA